AUGGCGUUGAGGAGAAGGCUGUGCGCCGGGUCGGAAUCUGAGCAGAAGCACGGUGACCCAAUGAGCAUACUCGGGAAUCUCUCGGACUUCGAAGAAGAGUUGUCGAGGUCUCCCUCGCGGCCCGCGAAGCGCAGACCGCAGCAGCCGUCGCGCUCCCCGGAGCGCGUGCCGCCCACGCAGUUCGAGGAUUAUGAGCCCGCAGGGGAUGGCAGUGGCUGGUAUGUCUAUAAGAAGACGGGAAAAUGGAAGUUCCACCCGGAGACUGGGCUCUAUUUCCAUUUCAAGUCACAGGUGUACUACACACCGAAAGAGAGCGACCACAGAUUCUUCAGAAGGAUAGAUGAUGACGACGAUCCGCUUGUUAAGAAGAUGAAGCAGUCCGAAGAAAUGAGGAAAGCCAUCUCCAAGACGGAAUUCGUGAAGUUUGAGGUGGACGGCCAAGCUGCCCAGGAGUCCGAGGCGCCCACAGGGCCGCUUCCGGCGCCCACGGUGGCAGAGCCUCCACCCAAAGAACCUGAGAAGGAGGAGGAUGCGCGGAUGGAGGGGCGAGUCAACAAGUGGGACUCUGAGAAGGCCCGCAGCGAAGAGCCAGCCCCCCACUGUCGACAGCCAACACAUUUGUGGCGGAGAUUGGAGAUCGGCUCGGCCUGGGUAUUUGCUGGCUCCAGCAAAAAACUGUUGCAUAAGUUUCCAUCCGUUGCAUAUCAGGGCUUUGGCUUCAUCAUGCCUGCGGGGAAGGAGGAGGGCGGUGACAUGGGCAAAGGCCUCUUUGUGCACCGGAAGUUCAUCGUGGGCAGCACUCCCAGCAACCCCAUCAACCUCAAGGAGGGUGUGAAGGUGAGCUACAAGCAGGGCACGCAGGACAGCAAGCCGUGUGCUCUUGAGGUGCUCAUGCUGGGGGCCGAUGGCAAGCCCUUGCCCAUUCAUGCGGGAGCGCAAACCUUGGAGGAGAAGAAGAAGAGCUACCACGUCUCUGCGGAGUCUCUGGGGCUUCGUGUCCACUGUGAAAGCUGGCCCGGCCUGAAGAAGACCUUGCAGGAUCGCUAUGUUUUGGACGAGCCGCUGGAGGAACUGGGCGUCUACUUUGCUGUCCUCGACGGCCACGGCGGAACGCAGGUGGCUGAUAUGGCAAAGGAGAAGCUCCAUAAGAAUGUUCUUCAACAGAUGCGGCAGCGACAGGUCCAACCUGCUUCUCGCGACGAGAAGAUCAAGACCGCCAUCAAAGAGGCCUUCUUGCAAACGGACAAGGAGAUCUUGGCCUUAUCGGAGCGCAAGAAGUUUGAGCUGGUGGGCUCCACCUGCGUGUCAGUGAUCCUCCAUGGCAAUCCGAAACUGGGUACAGCCCUCCGCCUGGUGGUUUCCAACCUUGGCGACUCGAGGGCAGUGCUGUGCCGAGCAGGCACAGCUGUGCCUGUGUCAGAGGAUCACAAGCCCACACGGAUGGACGAGAGGAAACGCAUUGAGCGAGUUGGAGGUCUUGUGUUGCAGGUACGCGGCGCCUGGCGCGUGGCGACCUCCACAAACCCCAACUCCAUGAACAAAGCUGCCAGAAGAGAAUACCAGGGCCUGGCCAUGACAAGAUCGUUUGGAGACAUGCACUUUAAGCGGCCCAUUGGACUUGCCAUUGCGGAGCCUGAAGUGCAGGUGAUUUCACUCUCUGACAAGGAUCUCUUUAUGGUUCUGGGCACGGACGGCGUGUUCGAUGUGCUCAGCAACCAGGAAGUGAUUGACUUGGCCAUGCGGCACUGGCGAGAGCCAGAAGAAGCUGCCAAGAACAUUGUGCGAUCCGCCUACAAACGUCCGGAAGCUGAGUUGCUUUUGUCUUUAUCAAGGGUUCAACUCUUUAACCUAAUGAAAAACGGGAUUUCAUCCAGCUGCAAAUCUAGUCUGGUGACGAUUUUUCCCUCACUUACUGUAGAUUUUGCUUUUUCCCUUAAAGCUCAAGAUGGAAAGGAAUAUCAGACAAGGAUUGUAUUGCUACAAGCAGCACUUUCUUUUUUUUUGCGUUGUUUUCAUGAUUGAACAGGAAGGAAUGAACCAACCUGUAUUCCGGGGUAGACUCCAUAUAUUUGGGUGUACCAUGUCAGAUGGAAUAUUGCCAGUCAUCCACAAUUUGAUACUCGGGUCUUCGGGCACCCAAGGAAAACUCAGCAUCGAAAAAUUGUGUUUGGUCAGCUGGCAAAGUCUCCCACACACUGAAAAACACAUUACAUCUGCAAUGGAAUUGAUUUUUUUUUGGUUCUUCAUGCCCCAUGAUUAUUCCCCGCCACAAGGACAAUUCCAAGUCGUGGGUGGAUUUCUACCCUAGCUCAAUAGCUCAAUUGGCUUUGGGGAACAGGAUUAAGUUCACAGACUUGGGAUUCAAACCACGGUUUUUGUCGCUGGGAAACGCGCCAAGUCGCUGCUGUCCUGCUGUUCGUUGUUGCACAUGGUUCAAGUCGGUUCAAGUCUCUGCCGCACUUCGAACGCUUUGUGAACAGCUUAGUGCGCAGUCUUUGUGGCCCCAACUGUCCAUUAAUCUGAGCAGUUGCAGCCUGGGCAAGCUACAGAUAGCGACUUAGGAUUUUGAGGGUUUGUUGUUGGACACUUUCUCACCAGGGAUCCACAAGCCAACUUUUUCGAGGCGGUAACUACUCUUGAUGGUUUCUCCCAAGUCCUUUGGAAGGGGAGGGAGCUUGAUUUUGUUCCGUCUUCGAACCGGGCAGGCGGUAGCGAGGACAACCUGACGGUGAUGGUGGUCCAAUUUGGUUGGGCUGACAAGAGUGCUGCCAAGUACACGAGCAAGACAGGCCCGCACCGUGGCACAGGCGCACAGUUGUGCCGGCGCUAGGUCCGCUAGGUCCUGGCCUCCUGGCAACCGGUAACCCCAAGGUAACAGGUAGUCCCUGCGGUUUCAAGUUCUGCCUGGUUCCUUUUGCUUGUAGAAGUUGGC